AUGCAAGAUUUUAUCAAUAAUCGACUUAACCAACAAAGAGAGAUUGUACAAAGACUUUUCGAAAGAUUGAACCAGAAUCAACAAAGAAACUCAAGAAGAAUUACUGUAAAUCAUAGAAGAACAGUAGGAAUUCAAAGACCAAGAAUAGGAAGAUCAUUUAUUUAUCCAAGACAACAAAGAUUAAUAGGACAAAUAGAAAAUGAAGAUAAUUUUACGAAUUCUAAUAUUAUAAAUAAUUUUAUGAAUGAAUUUAGAAAUAAUCAAAAUACAGAAAGACAAAUAAUAAGAUAUAGUACUAUAACAAAUAUUCCAAAUACAGUAAAUGAUUUUAUAGAAGAAUUAGGAAUACAUUCUAAUGUAGAUAAUACUUAUUUAGGAGAAGCUCGAAUAGAACCUAGAAAAAGUAUAGAAGAAAAUAAAUCUAUCAAAUCAAAUUCUUUACAAACCAAUUAUAUUUCAGAUGUAACAUAUAUAUUAGAUACAUCUGAUGAAGAUGAUUUAUUCAUAUCAGAAGAAGAAAUUGAAAGAACAAAAAAAAGAGAAAAUAAAUUCUUAUCACCUGAAGAAUUUGCAGAAGAAAAUGAAAGAAGAAUACAGGAAAGAGAAUAA